CCCUUCUGUCACACUGCUUCAGGGUGACUUCUUACGGUAUUUUUUAUACUUUUCGUUAUUUUUUAGGUCGAAGUCGAGCCAACGGUAUAUUUAAGCUGGCUGGUUCUUGAGACUUUUUUUUUUAGCGAAGGAAAUAAAAGGGACAAAUGCAAGCGGAAAUGCAAAGAACCUCCAGAUGCCCCAGGCUCCUGUGACAGUUCAAGGAGGCAUUGUGAUGUCGGCAGCGACAGCAGCAGCCGGAGAGCCAGUCAUCAGUGAUUGCGAGAUCAUAGUAGUAAAUAGAGAUAAUACAAAAUAUGCGGAAUAUAUUGAGCACCGGCUGGGGAAUAUGGGCAUGCGAGUGGAUGUUCUGUUUCCCAAUGAGGAUGUCAUGUUAAGCAAGGUGUUGGCCAACAUUUCUUCGCGCGGCUGCCUUUACGCCGUGCUCGUCACGCCCCGCAACGAAUCUCUUAGCAGCAUUACAGUUAAAAUAUUGUAUGGAGUCACUGCCGAGCAUCGCAACUUGCCGCUUGAGGACGCCGUAAAUCUAAUCGCCACAGACUUUAGGCUGAAGGGACAGCGUGAAGCCGUGAACAACUCCGCCGGGCCAGCUUCGAUGCCUCAACCCCAAAGACGACAUCCUGACCAGAUGCAGCAACUGAUCGACAUGCUUGCAGACAAUCGACCGAUGACGGCCUUGCAAUAUGAAUGCAUAAUCAAAUAUCUGCAAGGGGAGCGGGAGGAUCAGCUGAAGAGAGAGGUGGGCGAGGCCAACGCCGCUGCUAAGCUUCUGGAUCCUGAUCCAGAAAUCGAGCUGCAGAAGAAAAUUCUUAGAAUUAUGAACAAACCUGCGGUGACCGAAACGGGCAUAGAGCUAAUGUAUCCAAACCUGGAGGCGGUCAGGGACGACAAACAGCUCAUGGAGCUACUGCGGAAUGAGCGUGUAAUCGCAGCAAUGGAGACUAUUUUCAACAGUGACAGCUUAUUUGACGCUGUAGCCGAGUUAUUAUAGAUUCUCAAGCUUUAUUAUUAUAUACUUUAUUAUACACUAAUAAAAUAUACGCGAACUAACGA